AUGGUUAUGAAAUCUGAAUUGACUUCAGUUUCUGUUGCUGACCUUGUUGAGAAGCAGACCGUUGGAUCUGAAUGGUGUGCUUUGCGAUGGCAGCGCCAUUCUAGUAUUAGUGUGCUCAUUACUAAGACUACUUCUUCUGAGUUGCUGAUAACCUUAUUCAUGGUUAUGUUGACUGCCUUGACUUUCUGUAAGCUCAGACUCAACGGAGAUGAUAGUUUUGAAGCUUGUGCUACCAUGGAGCAUUCAAAACAUUUGUACAAGCUUCGAUGCUAG